AUGCGCAGGUAGUCAAUUCCAUUUAUUAAAGAACUAAUGCUUCAGAAUAAAAUUUUGAGUAGUACUUCUUAAAUAAACUAAAAGACAGUAAAAUAUAAUUAUUAUAUAGGUAAAUGCACUACUAAAAUUCUUUCCAUAGGAGAACAAACAAUCAAGGAACAACUUUAUCAUUAUUAAAUUAUGGAACGUCAUGGUCCCUCUUUAAAAUUAGUUUAUAACUAUUUAUCUAAAAACAUUCCUAUUACAAUCCUAUGUUUAAUGGCAAUUCAGACUGUAAAUAUUUAUAAUUAAUCUAGCUUACUUGUCUUGAAUAGAUCCAUAAACAUUUAAUUAUACAUCGUAAUAUUAGACCUAAGAAAUUGUUAAUUUCUUAAAGCGGUUCUGAAAUUUUAUUAACCGAUUUUAAGUAUGCAUGUAGAUAUAGGAAACAAUAAAAUAAUAUCUUUCUUAAUGAUAAUUUACGCAGUUCUUCCAAUAAAAGAUUUCUAAACAAAUUUUCAAGCUUAAAUCAACAUUUAGAAUAAGGUAUAUUUAAUAUAAUAGAAUUAAGUUUCUUCUCCUAAAGAUGAUUUAGAAUCUCUAGCCUUAAUCAUUAUAUAUUAUGGAGGAUUUGCUCCUAUCUUAGAUAUAAAAGAAGAAAAUAAAGGAAUAAAAAUUAAAAAAUUAGAACAAAUCAAAUUAACUCUAUUGUCAGAACUAUAAUUCAAAGGAGCACCUUUAGAGUUUAUUUAAUUUUAUAAUGGAAUUAAAUAAUCAUGUGUUAGUGAUUAUCCCUAAGAUUAUGAAAAAUACAAAUUAUUAUUUAGAAAAUUAUUGAAUAGUUGUGGUUAUACAGAAAAAGAUAUAGUUUACCCUCAUUUAUAAAUUAUGAAACAAUAUAAUAAUAAUAUGAAAGUAAUCAUUGAGGAAUAAGAAACUUAAGCAUAAAUGGAUUCUAUUGAUGAAGAUCAUAGUUUGUUAAGAAAGAUAAAGGAAUUAGAUGGAAAAAGAUAUCACAGAUUAAUUUCUUUAGAAAAUUAAAAUCAAAAUACUCAGAAAGAAUGA